CACUUUGGAAACAUAUGGGUGCUGUUAGUGAGGUUUCCCGUGUGGUGGUGGCAUCUCGUAACUAUGCAGACUUUGCAAGUGAGGCUACAUUUGAUGUUAAGAAAUGCGAUCUCCAUCGCCUGGAAGAGGGUCCUCCUGUCACAACAGUACUUACUCGGGAAGAGGGACUCCGUUAUUACAGGACUAUGCAGACCAUUCGGCGCAUGGAACUGAAGGCAGAUCAGCUAUAUAAACAGAAGAUUAUUCGUGGCUUCUGCCACUUGUAUGAUGGUCAGGAAGCGUGCUGUGUUGGACUCGAAGCUGCCAUAAAACCAACAGAUCACUUGAUAACAGCAUAUCGGGCUCAUGGCUAUGCCUACACACGUGGAACUCCCAUCCGAGAGAUCCUAGCUGAGCUUACAGGUAGAAAAGGAGGAUGUGCUAAGGGAAAAGGAGGAUCAAUGCAUAUGUAUGCUAAGAACUUCUAUGGUGGCAAUGGCAUUGUUGGCGCUCAGGUUCCUCUUGGAGCUGGGAUUGCCUUGGCCUGUAACUAUUUUGGCAAAGAUGAGAUUUGUCUUACUUUAUAUGGAGAUGGUGCUGCCAAUCAGGGUCAGAUAUUUGAAACAUAUAAUAUGGCAGCUUUGUGGAAGCUGCCAUGCAUUUUCAUUUGCGAGAACAACAGGUAUGGAAUGGGUACUUCUGUAGAGAGAGCUGCAGCCAGCACUGACUACUACAAAAGAGGAGACUUCAUUCCAGGAAUAAGAGUAGAUGGCAUGGAUAUUCUUUGUGUGAGGGAAGCAACGAAGUUUGCAGCUGAUUAUUGUAGAUCUGGAAAAGGUCCUAUGCUGAUGGAGUUACAGACAUAUCGCUAUCAUGGACACAGUAUGAGCGACCCUGGAAUCAGCUAUCGUACUAGGGAAGAAAUUCAAGAAGUCAGAAGCAAAAGUGACCCUAUUACUCUGCUGAAGGACAGAAUGGUUAACAACAAUCUUUCUAAUAUUGAAGAAUUGAAGGAGAUUGAUGUGGAAGUAAGGAAGGAAAUUGAGGAGGCUGCUCAGUUUGCUACCACUGAUCCAGAACCAUCAUUGGAAGAAUUAGGCAACCAUAUCUACAAAAAUGAGCCCCCUUUUGAAGUGCGUGGCCCUAGUCAGUGGAUCAAAUACAAGUCCAUUGGCUAAAAUUACUCCAGCAGCUUGUUACCUUAUGGCCUUUUUUGGACGGAACGAUUACAUUUUGUACUUGUUGUAAGAAUGAACUGUUCAUAGCAAUUUUACUUUUCCAAACAAACUUAAUUUCAGCUAAAGAGAGCUAAACAUUAUGUAGAAGAAUGCAGGCGUCUAUGGAUGCCUAUAAGUGAGGAGCUGAAUUAGGAUAAAGCAAUUGCUAUAAAUUUGCUUAAUGGGUGGUUUUGGAUUGCUUUACUUAUGAAAGUUACUCCUUUGUGUGUUGAAUAAAUAAAUCAUGUUAUGUACAGUAUAUAAAUAUAUUAAUUGUAACACUAAA